GUGACCCCCGAAAGGCGCGAAUCUUGCCGAGGGAGUCGGUUGGCCUCGCGCCGUUGGCGGUCUUUACUCAGGGCCGAGAGCGCGAGGGCUGACCGUCUCUUCGCCUCAGAUUCGCCAUGCGUGAGUGUAUAUCCAUCCAUGUUGGACAGGCUGGUGUUCAGAUUGGUAAUGCUUGCUGGGAACUGUAUUGUCUUGAACAUGGAAUCCAACCUGAUGGUCAGAUGCCAAGUGACAAGACCAUAGGAGGUGGUGAUGAUUCUUUCAACACUUUCUUUAGCGAAACUGGAGCUGGCAAGCAUGUGCCUAGAGCUGUCUUUGUGGACCUUGAGCCAACUGUGGUUGAUGAAGUGCGUACAGGCACUUAUAGGCAGUUAUUUCAUCCUGAGCAACUUAUUACUGGAAAAGAAGACGCUGCUAACAAUUAUGCCCGAGGCCACUAUACCAUAGGAAAAGAGAUUGUUGAUUUAGUGCUGGAUCGCAUUCGCAAGCUGGCUGAUUUGUGCACAGGUCUUCAGGGUUUCCUUAUUUUUCAUAGUUUCGGAGGAGGCACUGGCUCUGGAUUUGCAUCUUUACUCAUGGAAAGACUGUCAGUUGAUUAUGGCAAAAAGUCCAAAUUGGAGUUUGCAAUUUACCCAGCUCCACAGGUAUCUACUGCUGUAGUAGAGCCUUAUAAUUCUAUCCUUACUACACACACAACAUUGGAGCAUUCUGACUGUGCCUUCAUGGUAGAUAAUGAAGCUAUUUAUGAUAUAUGUCGACGCAAUCUUGACAUUGAACGUCCCACUUACACCAACCUAAAUCGUCUCAUUGGCCAGAUUGUUUCAUCUAUCACAGCUUCACUCCGUUUUGAUGGUGCUCUGAAUGUAGAUCUGACAGAAUUUCAGACAAAUCUUGUCCCAUACCCACGAAUCCAUUUUCCUUUGGCAACAUACGCACCUGUCAUCUCAGCUGAAAAGGCAUACCAUGAGCAGUUGUCUGUCGCUGAAAUUACUAAUGCAUGUUUUGAGCCAGCCAACCAGAUGGUAAAGUGUGACCCUCGCCAUGGCAAAUAUAUGGCCUGCUGCAUGUUAUACAGAGGUGAUGUUGUCCCAAAAGAUGUCAAUGCAGCUAUUGCAACUAUCAAGACAAAGCGUACCAUUCAGUUUGUGGAUUGGUGUCCAACUGGAUUCAAGGUGGGCAUUAACUACCAGCCUCCUACUGUUGUGCCAGGAGGGGAUCUGGCCAAGGUGCAACGUGCUGUGUGUAUGUUAAGUAAUACAACUGCCAUUGCAGAAGCUUGGGCUCGUCUUGACCAUAAAUUUGACCUGAUGUAUGCUAAGCGAGCCUUUGUGCAUUGGUAUGUUGGAGAAGGUAUGGAGGAAGGAGAAUUUUCUGAAGCUCGUGAAGAUCUAGCUGCUCUUGAGAAAGAUUAUGAAGAAGUGGGUGUUGAUUCUGUGGAAGCUGAGGCUGAAGAAGGAGAAGAGUAUUAGAAAAAAAGUAAUGUCAGAUGAUUAUUUGAAAAUAUUUUCAUACUUCAGUUCACUUGUUCAGUUUCAAAUAAACAUUUAAGCGUUCUAGCA